AUUGUCAGUACAAGAAGAUACACAGGCACCUUGUGCAGAGCGGGGACCAUUGACCGGGAUUAUUACAUCCUUAAUCAGUUUGGUGCCUUCCUGCCAUGAAACUAGGGCUGGAAGAGCUUUUCAGUCCCCUAAAAUGCCAGGUCAGUUUAACAUCUUUCCUUAAGCAUUGGUGGCUUUUUGCCUGCAGGUGAGAGCAGAGAUUGCCACGAAGUCUCUGCGUCAUACAUUCUUCCACUUAUGCCACAAUCGAGUCACAAGAAACGGCUCUAUCUCUGAGCAUCGUGGGCUGCGUGGAAUGAUUACCUCUUCAUACCACCUACACAAGGGUCAGUAAGUUUGGUGGAACUGAGAGAACUUAAAACUGGAAAGGAUUCCCAAGAAAAGAUUGAGAAAUGCUGCUACAGAUAAAGCCUCAAGUCUAUGCUGAGAUGCUGCACAGUGCGUUGUGGCGUCCGGGACAGUGCAUCUCCCAGACAGAAGAGCUUCUUGCUGACCUCUCAGUGGUACCCAGAGGUAGUGAUCCAGAUGGAGAGAGCAUCGAAACGUAUGGAGCCAUGGAAGAUAGCAGUCAUAGUUGUGUCGGUGAUAGUAGGCUUAGCCCUCAUCAUUGGCUUGAUUACAUAUCUUUUGUGCCAUGAUCAGGACCGAUAUUACAAUGCAUCUUUCCUAAUCACCAAUGUCAACUAUGAUCCUCAGUAUGAAAGGCAAACCACAGAAGAGUUCAGGCACCUGAGCCAAGAGAUUGAAACCAUGAUAUCUUCAGUAUUCAAGGGGUCCUUUCUAAGUAAAAGGUACAUCCGGUCCCAUGUUGUCAGUCUAAGCCCAGAACCUGGUGGAGUGCUGGCAAAUGUCGUUCUGGUAUUUAAAUUUGCCUCGACUGACAGUAAGGAAACGAGCCGGGGUCACAUCAACCGUGUGUUACACAGAAGGCUGCAAACAAGCUCCACGUUCUUGAAUGUUGACCAGUCUACCAUUACUCUUACAGAGUUGAAUAAGGAAAAGGGAGAUAACCUCUUAAACAACUGCUGUGGGAUACGAAGACAGACGUUCUCCUUCGCAGGAGUGGAGAGGAUAAUUGGUGGGCAGCGCGCCCGGGAUGGGGAAUGGCCGUGGCAGGCUAGUAUCCAGCUGGAUGGGAUCCAUCGGUGUGGUGCCUCAGUGAUCAGUAAUACCUGGCUUGUGACUGCAGCCCACUGCUUCAGAGGACUAAAAAAUCCUCGGAGGUGGACUGCCAGCUUUGGAAUUCUGCUGAGACCUCCAAAACAGAAAAAACUCGUCCGAAGGAUUAUCGUUCACGAAAGAUACAGCGACUUCGUCCUUGAUCAUGAAUAUGACAUAGCUGUUGUGGAACUUGCCUCUCCUAUUGAGUUCACGAGUGAUGUGCACAGUGUCUGUCUUCCUGAGGCAUCUCAUGUUUUUGCAGACAACACUUCCUGUUUUGUCACGGGUUGGGGAGCUUUGAGGAAUGAUGGCCGCAGUGUUAAUGAGCUUCGACAGGCGGAAGUGAAAAUUAUAAGCACUGCCAUUUGUAAUAGAAGACAGGUAUAUGGUGGAGCGAUCACACCUGGAAUGUUGUGUGCUGGAUAUCUGGAGGGGCAGGUGGAUGCCUGCCAGGGUGACUCCGGUGGGCCACUGGUGCAGGCAAACUCCAGAGGAAUCUGGUAUCUUGUGGGAAUCGUGAGCUGGGGAGAUGACUGUGGCAAGGCAAAUAAACCAGGAGUGUACACGCGAGUGACUUACUAUCGAAACUGGAUCAACUCCAAAACAGGCAUCUGAAACCUGCAGAGGGUUAAGUUUUGUGGGCUGUGUAUGGCUAGUUCUCUGACACAUUCUGCUCUGUGGUUACCCUCUAAACAGCUGCUGGCUUAGCUUGUGGUCACGUAUCAAGUGCCAGCAAGCUCGGAGUAGUCUAGGACUUGAAAUUGGUUUGGCCUCCAGCCAGACAGGAACAGACUUCAUCCACGUGACAGCUCUUUGUUCAGGAAGUACUCUGUUAAAGGGACAACUGCCUUGGCCUCUACACAAAAUACUGUCUCUUUUUUCUCCAUGGCCAAAUGUCUUGGCCCCUACUUUCAUACCCAGGCAAAGCGUUUGAGCCGAAACAAUAAUUUACCAGCACCCAAUAUGUGAUGUAACUAAAACGAAGCCCACCCAUUUGCUGUGUGCUCCCAAGGCCCCAUCUAUCUAUGGACCAGCUACAAUCCCACCCCCAACUCCAAGGCUGCUGCGCUUCUGAAUUCUUCUUGAGCUUCUUCCCGCAUCAUUCCAGGGAGUGUACUCUAAUGAAGGAUAAAAGAUGGCUUAGAGAAGUCCUGGUUCCUAAUAUCACGUCACGACUGUUACUUAAGUAAAUAGAGAAUUUUUCCUUGCUGUGUUGUGCUGAAGAAGGAAUCAGUGGAAAACACCAGCUUCUGUCUGCCUCCUUUGAACAAGGGUGUGUGCACCCACUCAUCGCUUCAUGUGAACAGCCCCUAUCACAGUGUUUGCUGUGUGAGUGAUUGCUGGACUUAAGACCAAAAACCCAAAAACCACUUUACGUUCAUAUUAGUCUGUUGUCAUAUCAGAGUAUUUGGCUGAAUUAAUUUCCAUUUUUAACUUUCUGGAUUGUAUUGUUCUGAAUAAAAGUCCUUGGCUUUUUGUGCAGGAUGGAGGAUUGUAACAAUCUCAGGAUGACCAUUGCCAGAAACCUCCCUCUCAAACUUCUUAUUCUUGUGAACAUUGUUCUGAAGUCUUUGUAAUUUAUUAUGUGCAUCUUCACCUGCAUCCUUAAAAAAAAAAAAAGCUUUUGUAUGAUGGUGGAAAUACUUGUCUUCUUCAGAGCAGGGUAGAGCUUCUGACUCACCCAUUAAUUGUAUAUAAAGAUCUCUCUUCUGCCAGAAAGUAAAAAUUCCUUAUGUCUCAUUGCCAGACCAUGGCUAACUCAUUGGUCUCAACCCCACAGACUUCAUAUUCUCUCUGACUUCAUGUUUUCAGGAGUUCAUAUUUCCAUCUACCAUGUAGAUCUCAAACAUUUUCUACACCACAGCAGCAGAACAUGCCUCUUCCCAGUGAGACUAAUUUCCUUGGUGUGUCUGCAGACUCUUUCCAACACUUUGUGUGGAUGUUGGUCCAGAUAGCAGCAAGAGCUGUGAUCUUAGUUGCUAGAUAAUGAAGUGCUCAAUCGCUGUCUUUUCCCUCUAUGGUCAGAAGAUAAAGAACUCAGCAAAGGAGAUACCAGCCACACUACCAAGAACCGGAGCUGGUCCAGCCUGGUGAGCAAGCAAGGAUCUUAUGCCAGGCUAGAAAAGGCAAACAGCAGACUUUCAACAUGCUCGUAGUUAGAAGAUCUUGGAGAAACAGGCCCUCAGUGAUUACAGUCUUAGGAUCAAAAUGUUGUCCAAAUUGAGUACAAGUCAGUUGACAUAGUCAAGGGCAGUUCAGGGGAUCCCUUCUGGACUAUGCAACUUAUUGCAGAUGCUGCCAAACAGAGCAGCAAUCCAUUGAGUUAACAGACCUAUUUUGAUGAUGCAUCCUGUGAUCUGGCCGCUUGGCGGGUCUAGAGCCUCACAAAGACAAGGGUCUGCAGCUGUUGUCUGUUCUAUACUUGUGCAUAUCAGGAAACCUCAGACUUUAAAAAAAUGUUAUCAGGGAACUUUUCUUUUGGAAUGUUGUGAACUUCAGAAACAAAACUGCGUGGCUUAAUUUCUACGUAGGGAGUAAAAAGUGUCAGGCUAGUUCCAUAGGUCUUUUGAGCCCAACAAAUCUCAUUUUAGUGCCUUAAGCAGAACAUGGGUUUGAAGUAUGUCGCAUGUAGAAGAAACUUAAAAAUUAUGUAUGACAAGCAUAUAUGAUUCUUUUUUUUUCUUGCUGGUAGCAAUUGUCUUACCAGGACAGUGAAUAAAAAUUUGAUCUUCAUGAAGUAAAAGCAGCAUUACAAGAUGCCAUGGAUUUCUUGUUCCCAAAGCACUUUAGGUUUGAGUUUUCAAAGGGCAUAAUGGUUUCCCCAUCCUCCUGGAUUUCAUUGUAACUUGGAAACUUCAUAUUAUUAGGCUUGCAAAUCCCAGAUAUCCCACUGGUUCCCCAAAACAGGAAAGUAGAUGUCAAAGAAACCUUAUUUUGCAUCUGUGAACUUUCCAGUUUUGCUUAUUUUGGAUAAAAAAAUAACAGAAAGGCUUAAGCAUUUUGCUCUGUGUGAAGGGCUGCAGUAAAUCUCAUUCUCUGAAGUGAAUGUCAUUCUCAAGGCUGAAAGAGUAAACUCAUCAAAGCUAUCAGUUCUGAGCAUCUACUUGGAGAGAGGUACAGUACCCGAUCCAUCUUAAUGCUGAAUGCCAGCACAGUGUAGCCAGGAGGAGUGAGGCUGAAAAGGACCUGACACCUACAUGGUGUAUGCUUUAGGAGCCUUUAUUUUGGUCUGCCUUGUGGAGUUUUCCUGAUGGCAGCUGGAACAAGUCUUCUGAUCUGGUUUCUCCUGGAAACAAUGUAGUUUACAUGCGCUGAGGCCUCUUGGUGAUGCAAAGCUGUAUAAAUGGGGACUGUCAAGAAGAAGCCUUGAAAGAACAGCCUCUGUCCACUGGGAAUGUUGGUGUGGAUGGAUGUGAUGGGUCUGAAUCCCUUACUCAUGGCAAAACUACACCAGUAACAGCAUUGUCUGGCUUUUCCUGAGGGAAGUUCUGGAAACCUGAAGCAAUGUAGGCAGCCAAAAUGUUUUAUGGGUUUAGGUGGCCUAGGAAAUUUGUAUAUCUCUUAAGCUGCAGUCUCACCUAUUCAUGAAGCCACAAGUUCACCUUCUCUCAGCCAUAUUUUCAUAGGAAAUAACAUCUUCAACCAAGGCAGA